AAACUUUGGCCAAACAGCCCGUAUUCCCUUUUCCUUCCCUCCUCCUCGUUUCUUUUCAACCAUUUUUUUUCCCACCCCACGCACAAUCUUCCGACCCAGCUAGCUCCCGAACCCACCUGUCGUCGCCGCAGUCGUCACACCUAGCUGCCACCGUCAACUCAGCAACUUGUCGGCAGAUUCCUCUUGUUGGAGUAGAGAGAUUGAAGCGUUUAGAUGAGAUGUUGGAUAUGCAAGUUCAUUCUUAGAUGGCUCUGAACCCACUCGCAAGAUACAUGACCACUCCAGAAACAUUGAGUUGGACCUUGAACUUAAAGGAUUCAACAACUUUCCAAGUUUCAACAAAUUAGAGACUUUGUUGAAGAAGUUGUUGCUAAAUAGAAAUAAGUUGAAUGGAUCUAUCACUUUACUUGGAAGAGUUCCGAAAGGCCAUACUGCAAAUGGGGCCACCAGAAAAUUUUGCUCUGCAGAUAGUUCAAGAUGUUAUUAGACCUCAGAAGCACACAAAAUUGGCACAAGAUGAAAAUCAGUUGCUGGAAAAUAUUCUACGGCGACUACUUCAAGAAUUAGUGUCAUCUGCCGUUCAAUCAACAGAGCCAGUAAUGCAGUAUGGGAUGUCUAUUGAUGAAAAGGAAACUUCACAGGGUCAUAUUCCACGUCUUCUUGACAUUGUCCUAUAUCUUUGUGAGAAAGAGCAUGUUGAAGGAGGCAUGAUAUUCCAACUGUUGGAGGACCUGACUGAAAUGUCAACAUUGAGGAACUGCAAAGAUAUUUUUGGUUACAUUGAGAGUAAACAAGACAUAUUGGGAAAGCAAGAGCUUUUUGCUCGCGGAAAACUUGUCAUGUUGAGAACGUGCAAUCAAUUGCUCCGUCGUCUAUCAAAGGCAAGUGAUGUGGUGUUUUGUGGACGCAUUCUGAUGUUUCUAGCACAUUUUUUCCCUCUAUCUGAACGCUCCGCUGUGAAUAUAAAAGGAGUGUUUAACACCUCCAAUGAAACAAAAUAUGAGAAACAACCCCCUGAUGGCUUUUCUAUUGAUUUCAACUUUUACAAGACCUUUUGGAGUUUACAGGAAUUCUUUUGUAAUCCUGCCUCCCUUGCACUAGCUUCGACGAAGUGGCAAAAGUUCACAUCUAGUUUAAUGGUCGUAUUGAAUACCUUUGAUGCACAACCUUUGUCUGAUGAAGAGGGAGAUGCUAACAUCUUGGAGGAAGAGUCAGCAACCUUCAGCAUAAAAUAUCUUACUAGUAGUAAACUGAUGGGUUUAGAAUUGAAGGACCCAAGUUUUCGGCGUCACGUUCUUAUGCAGUGCCUUAUAUUGUUUGAUUAUCUAAAGGCCCCAGGAAAAAAUGAGAAAGAUAUUCCAUCUGAAACCAUGAGAGAGGAAAUUAAAUCUUGUGAAGAGCGUGUGAAGAAGUUGCUUGAGGUGACACCGCCCAGAGGGAAAGACUUCCUUCAGAAGAUUGAGCAUAUAUUACAACGGGAAAAUAAUUGGGUAUGGUGGAAACGUGAUGGUUGCGCUCCUUUUGAAAAGCAACCAAUUGAAAAGAAAACCAUCAAUGAUGUAACUAAAAAACGUAGGCCAAGAUGGAGACUGGGGAAUAAAGAACUUUCUCAAUUGUGGAAAUGGUCUGAUCAGAAUCCGAAUGCUUUGACUGAUCCUCAACGUGUUCGUAGUCCUGCAAUCUCUGAUUAUUGGAAACCCUUGGCAGAAGAUAUGGAUGAGUCUGCUGGGAUUGAAGCUGAAUAUCAUCAUAGAAAUAACCGAGUUUAUUGCUGGAAAGGCCUUCGGUUUUCAGCUCGGCAGGAUUUAGAAGGAUUUUCUCGGUUCACCGACCAUGGCAUUGAAGGUGUUGUGCCGUUGGAACUCCUGCCACCUGAUGUACGAGCCAAAUACCAAGCCAAACCAAAUGAGAGAUCUAAACGUGCUAAAAAGGAAGAAGCAAAAGGGGCAGUCCAGCAAGUUGAUGAAAAUCAGAUGGCAACUCCAGCCAGUGAGAACGAUGGCGAAGGAACCAGAAGUGAUCCCGAUGGGCCAUCAGCAGGGAUGGAUGUCGAUACAGCUAUUGCCACGGGCAAUGUAUCUCAAGGUGGUAUUUCAACUCCAGAAGAAAAUAAACUAAGCUCUGACACGGAUAUUGGUCAAGAGGCAGGCCAGUUGGAAGCCGAUGCUGAGGUGGAGCCGGGCAUGAUUGAUGGCGAGACAGAUGCAGAGGUUGAUUUGGAUACUGCAGGUUUCUUUGUUCUUGAGCCAAACAAUAUGAGGGGAGAUUUCAGGCUUUUUGCACAAGGCAACAUAAUCUAUUACAGUUUGAAGUUUUCAUUACCCCACUGCUGUACCCAUUUUUACAUAUGUUUCUCAGCAAAAUGAAAUCGAUCCGACGAUUUCUUUUAAUGCAUUGAGGGUUCAGAAUGUUGUGUGACAAAUUAAUAUUUCAUGGAUCUAUUGGAAAUAUGGUGACGAGUCUGAUGGGCCUAUGUAGAAAACACUUGAUUAGGAGCUCGUUCUCUUGCUGUAGUUUUCCGUCCUAAGUCAGCCAUGACCAAUUGGUAGGAAUUUCAGGAUUUUCAUGAUCUUUUUAGUAGCUAAAUUUGUGCAGAUGAAUGUGUUUUGAACAUAAUUGCAUGUUGCACAGGAAGCCGAUAUGGGAGAUUGGUCACUCGGCUCCAUAUGAUCAAUUAUGAGAAAUCAGUGCUACAAAAGGGCCAAGCAAAGGGAAGACACUAUUUCUGAAAGAAGUAUGUUUUCAAUAUAAAAUCAUAUAGGAUGUUUGAAAGGCUCACUGAAUGCUUUGAAUCAUUCCAGAUAAAUUUGUCCUUGAUUUGAAGCUUCUGUUUGAUUCUUAAAAUUUUAUGGAACUCUUUUGAAAAAUAGUUUUUAACGAUAUUAAGCACAUUUUCAACUAAUGGAAAGUUGACGCCUCAUUUUCAGCAAAUUGAAUGAAGAUGAGGCAUUUUACGGCAUUAA